UGUCUUCAUCCUGAUUGGCUGAACGCGAUUGCCGUAAAGUAUAUGUUGCAGAUGGAGACACGUGAAGAGGUUGGAACAAUGGAACUGAAAAAUAAGAAAAUUACAGAAAGAGUUGGGAAGAUGUCUACUGGGGAAGGUCAUGCUAAACAAUUUAAAGAUUCUAAACCUCCAGGGAAGUUCAAAAGCAAAGAAGCAGGAGAAGGAAAAUGGAACAGAUCCAAUACAUUUGAGAAAGGGAACAAGAAGUCUGAGAAGAUGGGAGAAAAGAGGGGCAUGAAGAAGUUUACUGGAAAAAAAAAGUCUGACCAAUUUACAAAAAAGAGAAAACAGGAACAGGAUGAGGAAGAAGGUUCAGAAGCAAAGAAGCCAAAGUGGGAUGAAUUUAAAAAAAACAAGAAGGAACUGAAGCAAAACAGGCAACAGAAUGAAAAGAAGAACAAUUAUUAUAUCAUAAACAGAUCUAAGCAGGUCUGGGAAGCUGUCAGGAGAAAAGACUGCGACAAGGAGAAGAGGUUGAAGCUGAUGAGUGAACUACAGGAGCUUAUUCGAGGCAAGAUUAAAAGUAUUGCCUUUGCACAUGAUUCAACCAGAGUGCUCCAGUGUUACAUCCAGUUUGGAAAUGACAAGCAAAGACAGGAGGUUUUUGAGGAGUUAAAAGAGCAUCUGGUUGAACUAAGCAAAUCAAAAUAUGCAAGAAAUAUUGUUAAGAAAUUCUUAAUGUAUGGUAACAAACAGCAAGUUUCUGAAGUUAUGAACAGUUUCAAAGGGCAGGUGAGAAAAAUGCUGCGGCAUGCCGAGGCCUCGACAGUAGUUGAGUAUGCGUACAAUGACAAAGCCAUUCUGGAACAGCGACUGAUGUUGACAGAGGAGCUCUAUGGAAAUACAUUCCAGCUUUGCAAGUCUGCUAUUUGCCCAACACUUGACAAGGUGCUGGAGGCCAACCCUGAAAAGCAAGCAAGCAUCAUGGAAGAAAUGAAACAGAUCCUUACUCCAAUGUCUCACAAGGAGGCCGUUGUAAAACACUCAUUGGUACACAAGGUGCUUUUGGACUUCUUCAUUCAUGCUCCUGCCAAAUUAAAAACGGAAAUGAUUGAAGCCAUUAGGGAAGCUGUUGUAUACAUGUUGCACACACACAAUGGAGCAAGAGUAGCCAUGCACUGUCUUUGGCAAGGAACCCCUAAAGACAGGAAAGUUAUUGUAAAAACAAUGAAGACCUACAUCGAAAAGAUUGCCAUUGGGGAGUUUUCUCACUUGGUCCUCCUGGCAGCAUUCGAUUGCAUUGAUGAUACAAAGCUUGUAAAGCAAUUGAUCAUUUCAGAGAUCAUCAGUUCCCUACCUAUUAUCCUAAACAAUAAAUACGGGAAGAAGGUGCUGCUGUAUUUACUGAGUCCCAGAGAUCCUGCACAUUUCCUACCAGAGAUAAUCAAAGUCUUACAACAGGGAGAUGGAAAUGCUUACAGUAAGAAGGAUGUGCAUACACGGCAGCACGAGCUGCUAGAGGCCAUAUCCCCUCCCGUCCUCCAGCACCUGCAAGAGAACGCACGUGCGGUGGUGAUGGACAAAGCUACAAGCGUGGUUGUUGCAGAUAUCCUCGGCGCUGCUGUUGGAGACCUGCAGCCAGCCAUGGACUCUGUUGCUGAUCUAGCAGCAGAGGAGUUCAUUCCAGGAGGCAAAGGAGGAGAGCUUCACAUGGCAGAGCACCCUGCAGGGCACUUGGUGCUGAAGUGGUUAAUUGAACAAGAUUUGAAGAUGAAAGAGCUUGGGAAAAAAGAAUGCUUUUCAAGAACAUUGCUGGAGCAUGUAGGAAUUGAGAAAUUGAAGACAUGGGCCACUGUAAAUCGUGGAGCUAUUGUUCUUUGUUGUCUUCUCCGGAGUGCUGAUGAAGAUGUUGCCAGUAAGGUCAAGGAUGCUCUGAAGUUACUCAUAUGCAAGUUAAAGAAAAUUGAAAAUGCAAAAGGAGUGGAGGCUUUGCUGGAAAAAUUAACUGGAUAAAGUGUUUAGAUGUAAAAUCGACAUCAAAACAUCAACACCCUUUGCUGAGAAAAAAUUCAUGUUGGUCAUGUUUUCUUUCUGUUUUUAUAUUGUGAUCAGAAAAUAAAAUGAUUACCAUCUCUUUUCAA